CGUCCGCGACGGAUCGAACGACGAACGACCAAAGUUUAUAAUUAAAUUUAUAAAUAUAUAUAUAUUUUUUUUCGACAUUGUAAUGUUGCCGGCUACUAUUAGAAUACUUAUUUCACAUCAAAGCCGAAGCAAGGUAUAACGUGACAAAUCCCGAAAACUCCCGAAGCCGAUUUUGACGAUAGCACAAUCAACCGCGGAAGCUUAUCUACGAUAAGCUUUAGCGAUUUUUCAAUGGCGUGAACGAAGAGAAACAUAAAUUAAAGAGAUAGAGUAAAAUUUUGAAAAACAUGGCGAAGAUGUUUAGUUCGCUGAGACUGGGAACGUUAAGGCACAAGAAACCGAGGCCUGGAAGUGUAGCUACAACGGCGAGUUCGGAUUCGACGAGGAAUGAAGAUACGAACGCGACUGGUGCUGCUAAUGUACUCAAUGGGAAUCAUCAUCAAAGUCCAUACUUUGCAACAAAUUUUAUGACUUUAGAUGAAGUCUCGGAAGUCGGAUGUCAACCAACGAGUGUUACCUCCAAAGUGGCACAGGUCCGCGUGGAACGAGAAAACGGAAGUCUAGGAGUAACCCUCCGCGGUGGCGUAGCGCGAGCUUUAGUAGUGACAAGUGUGAAAUCCGAAGGACCAGCGGCAAAAGAAGGUCGCGUACGGCCAGGCGAUCGACUUCUCGCGGUCGACGAAGCAGAGCUGCGCGGGUUGACGUUGGCGGAGGCGCAGCGAGCUUUGCGGAGGAGCAGCGACGCGCCCGUCGCCUCGCUCACGAUUGAAUACGACGUCGCGAACAUGGAGGACAUACGAGCGGCUACUUCGGGCCCUCUGCUCGUUCAACUCGAACGCGCCGCUUCAGGCGAAUUAGGACUGACGGUACGCGAUUCGCCGAGCGGCGUGUACAUCGAAAGCUUACGCCCGGCGAGUACUGCCGAUCGUUGCGGAGCUUUACAACCCGGCGAUAGACUUCUUGCCGUCGACGACACAGCCAUUCAAGAUGCAGUGCAAGCUGCUAAAUUAUUGCGGAAUAACUCGGAUAAUUGCCGCAUUGCGAGGCUACAAAUACUACCAAGGCCACCAAGCGCUUCGACGCGUACAAUAAAACGUCGCACUCAGCCACAAGCGCAGAAAAGCGCGAAAAACACACUGUACACAAAGGAAAGUCUCACGGUAUUGUUACGACCGGACCAUCGUGGAUUGGGCAUAUCCCUGAAGCAAGCAGAUGACCGUCUUAAUUACGUCGUGGAUAUACUCGAGCCAGGGGGUCCGGCCGAGCGAAGCGGAGUCCUUUUACCUGGAGACCGAGUAAUUGCUAUCAAUAGGCGGACUCUGAGAGAUUUACAACCAGCCGAAGUGGCAUUAAUCCUGGAAGCGCCUCAGGUCGAAUUGGUAGUGGAAUACAAAGUAGGCGGUGCAGUGGUACCAGGUUCCGGCGUAUUCACCGUUCGAGUGGCCCGGCCACUUGGCGGCCAGCCGGAUCUCGGAUUGACCGUCAACGAGGAUCUGCUAAUCACCGAGGUGCGUCGCGGCUCGCUGGCCUAUCGCACGGGAAGCCUAUCGGCGGGCGAUCGGCUGCUCGCCAUCGACUCGCAGAAGCUCGAUCCGGGGGAUCUGCGCCAGGCCGCGCAGCUGCUGCACAGGCCGGGCAGUUCCGUGGUCGCGCUGACAGUAAGGAAGCCCGACCUCGGCGCCGAGGCGAGCGCUCUGAGCUGCCGAGAGGCGAGCCUCGUCGCGGACGGGGCCGUGCAGUCGCAGUACCCGAGCGGGGUGCAAUUGAGAUCGGCGAGGGAAAGUUUGCCGAGCGUCGACAGUGCCGUGGACUCUUGGGGGGAGAUCGCCGACGUCAGCGGCGCGGACAUCAUGAGGCUCUGGGAGACUGCGUCCAUCGACAGCGGUCAGCUCGACCUGCCCAUGCCGCCUUAUCCGUACCCAAGCUCGAUAGCCUCCACGUCGCCGCGGCCGGCCUGCAGCUGCAGUCCGCAGGACAGCCGACUCAGCCCGACCUCCAGCCAGCCGUCCCACUCGCACCAUCCGCCCCCGCAGUCGCCGUCGCAGCAACAGAUCCUUCACGUCUCCUUGCACAAGGACCCCGUGUACGAGGACUUCGGCUUCUCCGUGUCGGACGGCCUCUACGAGCGCGGCGUCUACAUCAAUCGCCUCAGACCUGGCGGCCCGUGCGACGGCGUGCUGCGACCCUACGACCGGAUCUUGCGCGUCAACGAGGCCAGUACCGAGGACUGCGACUGCUGCCUCGCCGUGCCGCUCAUCGCAGCCGCCGGCGCGAGAUUGGACCUCACGAUCGCCCGACCGCUCACGCCCACCGACAGCAUCACCAAAUUGUUUUGAUACCCUACGACUGAAAUUAUUGUAAAUACUGCACCUUACGCCCCGACGGAGACGUUUCUUGCAAUAAUCGCUACGCGCGCUUCCCUACGUUUAUUUUUCUACGCUAGUGUUUAUUUGUAGGACGCGCACACGUGUACAGAACGCUUUUUCGGCUGAGCAUCAUCUCUCGUAUAAUACUACACGUAAUUCACAUUAUUUUGCCACAACACGCCACCUAGUUUCUAUAUAUAGCUAAUUUUUUCCGUAUACGAAAGUUUGUAGAUUUAGUAACCAUCACGUGCCUCUAAAUACUUUG